GCUCCAACACCUGGCUGGUUCCGGAGACGCGCGGCGCCAUCGUCCAGGGAGGUUACGGCCACACCAGCGUCUACGACCCGAUAACGAAGUCUGCGUAUGUGCACGGAGGGUACAAGGCCCUGCCGGGGAACAAGUACGGCCUGGUGGAUGACUUGUACCGGUACGAGGUGAACGCCCGGACAUGGAUGAUACUGAAGGAGAGCGGACUGUCGCGGUACCUGCACUCGGCGGUUGUCAUCAGCGGCGCCAUGUUGGUAUUUGGUGGAAACACUCACAAUGACACAUCACUCAGUAACGGCGCCAAAUGCUUCUCAGCGGACUUCCUGGCUUACGACAUCGCUUGCGAUGAAUGGAAAGUUCUACAGAAGCCCAACCUGCAUCGAGAUGUGAAUCGUUUUGGCCAUUCAGCGGUCGUUAGUAAUGGGUCCAUGUACAUAUUCGGGGGAUUCUCCAGCGUCCUCCUGAACGACAUCUUAGUGUACAAACCUCCGAGCUGCGAGGCUUUCCGCACCCAGGAGCAGUGCAUCGGCGCCGUACAGGGGAUCAGCUGUCUGUGGGACCGCGACCACUGCGUCUCCUGGGAGACCGCGCACGCCGCCAGCAGCAGCCCCAUCCGUGCUCAUUGCCCAAACAAGUCUGCGCUGGCCGAGGACCGCUGCUACAAGAACACGGACUGCGCCAGCUGCACCGCCAACACCAACGGCUGCCAAUGGUGCGACGACAAGAAGUGCGUGUCCCUGAGCAGCAACUGCAGCGUGUCUGUGAAGAAUUAUAUGAAGUGUUAUGUGAGGAACGAGCAGAUCUGCAACAAGCUGACCAGCUGCAAGAGCUGCUCACUGAACCUGAACUGCCAAUGGGACCAACGCCAACAGGAGUGCCAAGCUCUGCCCGCCCAUCUGUGCGGAGAGGGGUGGAGCCACGUCGGCGAGGCCUGCCUGCGCAUCAACUCCAGCCGAGACAGCUACGACAACGCCAGAGUGUACUGCCACAACCUGAGCGGGAGCCUGGCUUCCCUCACCACCCCAAAAGAAGUGGAAUUUCUCCUGGAUGAAAUGCAGAAGUACANNNUGCAGAAGCUGUCGCCCUGGGUGGGUCUACGGAAGAUCAACGUGUCGUACUGGGGCUGGGAGGACAUGUGCCCGUUCACCAACACCACCCUCCAGUGGCUUCCGGGGGAGCCGAGCGACUCCGGCUUCUGCGCUUAUUUGGCGAGGGCCGAGGUGGCGGGACUGAAGGCCAACCCGUGCACGGCCAUGACGGAAGGCCUGGUGUGUGAGAAGCCAGUUGUCAGCCCCAAUCAGAACGCUCGGCCCUGCAAGCUGCCCUGCUCCCUGAGGAACUCCUGCUCCAACUGCACCAGCAACGGCAUGGAGUGUAUGUGGUGCAGCAACACCCGGCGCUGCGUGGACUCCAAUGCUUACAUCAUCUCCUUCCCUUACGGCCAAUGCCUGGAGUGGCAGACCAACACCUGCUCCCCGCAAAACUGUUCGGGGUUCCGCACCUGCGCACAGUGCCUGGAGCACCCCGGCUGCGGGUGGUGUAACGAUCCCUCCAAUACCGGGAAGGGCCAAUGCAUCGAAGGCUCGUCCAGGGGUCCCAUGAAGCCGCAGGGGAGGCACUCCAGUGAGAUGGUCCUGGAUACCGGCCUGUGUCCCCGGGACAAGAACUACGAGUGGUCGUUUAUACACUGCCCAGCCUGCCAGUGUAACGGGCACAGCACAUGCAUCAACAACAACGUGUGUGAGCAAUGCAAGAACCUGACAACGGGCAAACACUGCGAGACCUGCAUGCCCGGCUACCACGGCAACCCCACCAAUGGCGGCGAGUGUGAAGAUUGGAUGAGUCUGCGAACACAUUGCAGCCCGGCGAUCCAAAGCGACGCGCACGGGCGGCCAGCAGUACCGACUCCCGUCACGCUCUGCCCGUCACAUCUGCCCGUCCAGGAGCAGCCCGAGGAAGUGAUUGGCUGCCAGAGAGACCUUGCCCCACCCCCAAUCCAUGGAGAUCACUGGUCUAAUGACGUAGGAGCGCAGAGAGAGCGCGCACGGAGCCUGAGCACACAGGACACGACUUCCGGGGCGUUUUUUGGGCGGGUUUCAGCACACACCGAGCUGGGGGUGGGGCUUCGGCAGAAUGGGGCAGAGCUUCGGCAGGACUGGGAGGCGGAGCUUCGGCAGGCUGGGGAUGCCUCACCCAGCCCAGAAGGCACGUCACGGAUGCACACUCAGGAGCUGAGAGACACCGUAGGGUCCAGUUAUAAACGCUUAUUUCCUGUGCUCCUCGGCUCCCUCUAG